CCCCUAAAAACUACAACAACGAGAACACUGUGGCGUGAUCCCACUCUGUACCACACGAGUGCUCACGUGCGUGGUCACUGACGCCAUGGCAGCAGGCUUGGUGUUUGGUUUGGGGUGAACUCAAGACUGGGGCCGAUGAGGAAGCGCCGAGGAGCAUACGCCAGCAGAGCUUCAUUGAGGAGCGUACAACUUUUUGAGGUGCUGACAGCCCUGCUCUGUGACUUUCGGCCCGAUUCAGCCACCGGACCCCAGAGAACAUGACCCUAGCCGCCUACAAGGAGAAGAUGAAAGAGCUCCCCCUGGUGUCCUUAUUCUGCUCCUGUUUCUUGGCGGACCCCCUGAAUAAGUCCUCGUAUAAAUAUGAAGGCUGGUGUGGGAGACAGUGUAGGAGGAAAGACGCAAGCCAGCGGGAAGCCAGUGCUGACUGGAGAGAAAGAAGAGAGCAGGCAGAUACCGUGGACCUGAACUGGUGCGUCAUCUCUGACAUGGAGGUCAUUGAGCUGAACAAAUGCACGUCGGGCCAGUCCUUCGAAGUCAUCCUGAAGCCUCCUUCCUUUGACGGGGUGCCGGAGUUCAAUGCCACCCUGCCUCGGCGGCGAGACCCAUCCCUGGAGGAGAUCCAGAAGAAGCUGGAGGCAGCUGAGGAGCGCAGGAAGUACCAGGAGGCUGAGCUCUUGAAACACCUGGCCGAAAAGCGAGAACACGAGCGGGAAGUGAUCCAAAAGGCCAUUGAGGAAAACCACAACUUCAUUAAGAUGGCGAAGGAGAAGCUGGCCCAGAAGAUGGAAUCCAAUAAGGAGAACCGGGAGGCCCACCUUGCUGCCAUGUUGGAGCGUCUGCAAGAGAAGGACAAGCACGCGGAGGAGGUGCGGAAAAACAAGGAGCUGAAAGAGGAGGCCUCCAGGUAAAGCUGAGAGGCCAAAGAAGUUUCCAGGACAGACGGACAGCUGCAGCAGCUCCGCGGUCCCCGAGGCAGCCCUGCGCCGCGGCUGCUCUCCCAGCACUGGGGUUUGGGGGGAGGGGGAGGGUGGCCCAGGGUCGUUUCCUCUGCUUUUGGUGUUUGUGAAUGUGAAGAAUUGACCAGUGAAGCCAUCCUAUGUGUUUCGGGGCAACAGCGAUGGGGCGGGAGAGGGGAGAGGUGAGCGAGGUUGGGAAACAGACGGAGAACUUGGCCAUUUCAACACGGCCCACUGGGGACUCUGGGCGCUUUUCUUCACAUCUUAGCCUGGGUGUUGACCAUCCAGGCGCUAUGUGGAGGGAAGGUGAAAACAGAGGCAGUGCGAGGCCGGGGUGCAGUGCACAGUCCUGGGUGCCACAGUGGACGCACAAGCCCAGCAGGAAAGGGGUGGGUGGCAUGGGCACCCUGGAGCAGGUGGGAUGAGACGUUGUGGGACAGGGUCGGAGUGUAUGUGUUUUAUCCAUCCAUUUUUGAUCAUCACGACAAAUGAAACAUUCCCUCUCA